AUGCUUGGCUCUGGAAAAAGCAGUGGUAUGGUGAAUGAGGCCACCAACCUCAAAGCCAAUCAAAACCUCACCUCGGCAAUUGAAGAAAUGUCCACACGGGAAUAUAUGAAGAAUCGCGAUAUGGACGAUGUCGUCCCCACACACCGUCGACACGUAGACGAUAUGCCGAAGCGCAACAACGGCGUGCCUGUGUACAACCCCGCCGCAGAGAAAAUACAAGAUCGACUGGAGCGCGGCGUUGUGCACGAGGAGGAUAUCGCCGCCGCCGCCGACGACGAUGAUGAACUGUUGGAACUCCGCCGGAAGCGCAUGGCCCAAAUGCAGAAAUUACACGCGAAGGAGGCGGAGUGGCGGCAGAAACAACACGGGCAAUAUCGCGAGAUCUCACAAGAUGAGUUCUUCAACACUGUUGUGCGGGAGAAGGGCGGGAGUGAGGAUGUGUGUGUGCACUUCUACCACAAGGACUUUGAGACCUGCCGGGUGAUGGACAGCCGCCUCCAACAACUCGCCCUGUCGAUGAUGGCCGUGAAGUUUGUGAAGAUCGAUGCGGAGAAGUCGCCUUUUCUUGUGGAGCGGCUGCGCAUUCAAACACUGCCGUGCUGUGUACUCUUUCACAAUGAUGUUGCGGUGGAUCGCAUUUAUGGAUUUGACGGCUGCAUGACCGAGGACGGUUCACUCGACACUGGACUGCUGCGAGAGCGCAUCACACACGCCAUGCACAUGGGAGAGGAAUGA